GUUGUCUUUGUUUGAUCCCGCAAGUUCAAUACAACAAAACUAAAUGAAUUUAACAAAGGGAUCUCUCAUCGAUAUAAUACAAGGCACGAAAAAACCAGAAAAACCAAUAUUACAGAUUAUUGGUUACAAACUAAUACCAGCUGCCAAUGGAUCUGCAAGUCGUUAUAGAGUAGUUGUUUCUGAUGGCCAAAUUUCCACUUCUUCUGCAAUGCUUGCAACUCAAAUCUGUGACAAAGUAGAGAAUAAUGAAAUAACCGACAAUUGCAUUGUCCAGCUAAAUAAUUAUGUAUGUAAUACUCUUGGAUCGUCACAAGGAAAUGAAAAAAAAGUCUUGGUUAUAUUUAGUUUAGACAUUAUUCAAACAGGUGAAACUGUGGGAUGCAUUCUGGGGGAUCCUGAGCCCUACAAACUCCCGAUGAAGAGACACUCAACAGAUCCACAACCAGGACCUAGUGGAGCUUCUGAUGAUAAUAAACCAUCACCGAAAAAAAUGCGAUCAGAACCAAAUUUCAUGGAAAAUAGAAAUAUUGCGAAAUCGUCUGCAUCAUCUAGCUCACCUUUGAUAAAAUCUUCUCCAGCUAAAGUUAUGAAUAUUGAUGCAUUACUUCCAUUUUUAAAUAGAUGGCAGAUAGUGGCAAGAGUUCUAUCAAAGACAAGCAUAAAAACUUGGAGUAAUUCUAAGGGAGAGGGUAAAUUUUUUUCAUGCGUACUCGGAGACAAGUCAGGUGAAAUAAAAGCAACAGGUUUUAGAUCAGAAGUUGACCGAUUAUUUGAUAUUCUGGAACAGGACAAAUGUUUUUAUAUAUCGAGAUGUCAAAUUAAAACAUCCGAUAAACGAUACAAUAACUUAUCUCAUGAUUAUGAGCUAGUCUUCCUGUCAGACUCUAUUGUAGAACCAUGCAAUAAUGAAGAUAUUAAGGAUCUACCAUCCGUUUCGUUUAAUUUUGUUAAGCUGUCAAAGUUAAUUACUAAGGAGCCCGAUUCAAUAAUCGAUGUUAUAGGAAUAGUGAAAGAAGCCUCUGAUAUUUCAUCUGUUGUGAGCAGGAAAACCAGCAGACAAAUUCACAAGAGGACUGUUGUGAUAGUUGAUGAUACUGGGACGUGUUCAACAGUUACAUUUUGGCGGGAAGAUGCCGAAAAAGAUGAUUUUAAAGAUAAUCCAAUUUUUGCAAUAAAAUACGUUAAAGUUUCUGAUUUUGGAGGAAGAUCCUUAUCUUGUAUAAGUUCUUCACAAAUUUUUAAGAAUCCAGAUAUUGCUGAAGCGCAUGAUCUCAGAGGAUGGUAUAUCAAUUGUUCUGAACAGACUCAGCUUAAAGAGUAUAGAGCUGAAAAAGAUUUCCAGACGAAUGAGUCUUUGAAUUUAAAGCCAUUAAAAUUUCUUAAGAGCGGAAAUGUUGGUAGAGACAAGGCUGAAUAUUUCAAUAGCAUCGUCUUUAUCUUACAAGUUAAAAUUGACAAUUCCAUUUAUAAGGCAUGUCCUAAAGAAUCGUGUAUUAAAAAGUUAAUUGACCAAGGAGGUGAUAAAUAUAAAUGUGAAAAAUGCCAACAAACAACUAAUCAGUAUAAAUAUCGACUUAUGCUGCAAAUGAAUAUUGCAGAUGAUACUCACCAGAUUUGGGUUACAGUAUUUCAUGACACAGCAGAAGUCAUCCUUGGAAAAACUGUUUCAGAACUAGCCUACUUAUACGAAACGGUAGAUAAAGUUGCCUAUGCAGAUGUCUUUUCUGAUCUAUCUUUUCAACAUAAAAACUUAAGACUGAGGUCUAAAAUGGAACACUAUCAUGAUGAAGUUAGAUUGAAAACAGUUUGCAUUGGAGCCAAGCCGGUUGAUUACAAGGAACAGAAUUGGUGUUUAAUUAAUAAUAUUGAACAGCUUCUUGAAUGA